CUAGACAAAAUACAUAUGCAUGUGUAUAAUCGGGCGGGUUCGGGUUGGAAAGUGAGAAAACCAUGCUCACCCAUUACCUGCAAUAUUCGGGUUCGGAUUUUACCCGUAACCACUAAAAAUCCUUCAGGUUCGAGUUUUACCCUUUCCAAUUGGGUCGAAUUCGGGCAGAUAUCCACGAUUACGGAUAUUUUUGCCAUCGCUACUUGGUGCUAACCCCACACGGAGUUAGCAAUUUAGCACCCUAUCUUCUUCCUUUGUAGAAUUGUUUUAACUUUUAAAUAACCGAGUAGGAAACGGACAAACGCCAGCUUCGAAUAAAAGAAUGACAACUAGUAUCCCCGAUUUCUCCAAGUCAGAGAUUGAAGACUGAAAAAAACACUUUCUGAUAACCCUAAUAAUGACCGAGUGAGUCCCGCCGCUGCGAAAAACAUCACCACCGACGUGCUUCCAAUGAAGAAGCAGAGGAAAUUUGCCGGACAUCCGGCAAUAAUAUCAGCCACCAGCGAAGAUCGAAUCUCGGACUUACCGGACGAUGUCCUCCACCUCAUCCUCCGCCGUAUGAACUCCCCCACACAAGCUGGAAAGACUAUGGCUCUCUCCCGGCGAUGGCGAAGCCUCUGGCGCUCCUACCCUGUCCUGGAGUUCGAUGAGGCCGAUUGUCACAGUCGCCGCGGCUGGAAAAUCUGUCCUGCCGCCGCCGUCGCAACCGAUUAUCUCCACAAAUUCACGGCUGCCUCCAUCGAGCGAUUCUCUGGAAACCAAUUGCCGAUUGAAGCUUUCAAAGUCUCACUGGCAAGGGAAGAUGUCAGGAUCAAAAGGCGCCGCGCUGUGAUUCUCGAGCAGCUGCUGAGCUUGGCGUUGGAGAGGGAGAGGAAACCGGGAGAGAUCACCAUGGAUAUAACCGGUUACCGUCUGCCCUGCCGCAAAGGAAUCCUGACAUCCGGCCUCAAGAUUCUCCGGCUGACCGGAAUCAAGUUUGGAUCCGACUGGCGCUGCGAUGAUCUGCCUCCCCUGAAUUCUCUCCGGCUCCUCCGUCUGAAGUAUGUCAAGUUCAAUCACGAGAAUCUUCUCGCAAACUUGAUAGCUCGGGCUCCUUUCCUCGAAACCCUAGAAUACCGAGGGUCUGCGGCGGGAUCGACGAAGCUCCAGGUGAUUUCCAAACUUCCCACCAACCUUAAUUCCCUGCGAUUCCUCUGUUUGGAAAAUGUGGCAAUCGAGAACAAUGACCAGCUCUUCACCAAUUUGAUAUCCAGCUCUCCCCUCCUCGAAACUCUCGAGCUCAGAGAGAUUUCCAAAUUGAGGAAGCUCCGCGUAAUCUCCAGGCUGAACAACCUGAAGACGAUUAAGAUAGGUUACCCACUCGAUGCGGAGCGAAUCGAGAUCGAUGCUCCUGGACUCGAGACUCUGCAUCUCCAGCCUCUCUAUCACGAGGUGAUGGAGAUCAAGGUCACAGCUCCCGAGUUGAGACAUUUAGAACUGGGAGGUUCUGGUUUCACAGAGCGUAAUGUUUGCGAAUUGCUGUCUAAUCUCUGCGGAGGAUCAUCUUUGAAGUCCCUCACUCUGCUGGGGCUCGAUCGGGUCGAGAAGCUGAAUUUCUUGAGCCCCGAGCUCGAGGAGUUCAAGCUGUUCAUGUGGGCGAACUCGAAGCUGAGGGAGAUCCAGCUUGAUGCCGGGCCACGCCUGGCGAAAUUCUUCGUGGGUUGUCGAAACGUCCUUCCUGAUGGCAAAUUGGAGAAAUGUGGGAUCAGUAGCGACGCCACGGCCUGUAGAUUGGAAGUUGAUUUCGGGCAUGUUAGAUUCGAUUCGUCACGGUUGUUUGGUGGAUUAAGGAGAGUCAUUGCAGGAUUCAGCCAGCUCCAUACUGUUAGCAUUAGCUUCCUCUACUCUCCUGAGUAUUCAUCGGAUUCGGAUAAAUUAGAUCGCAGUUUGCAACCGGUUGCUAUCUUGCAUUUGAAGGUUGGGAUAGACAUGGUGUCAAGCUGUGACAGAAGAACCAUUUUGGAUGGUUUGUUUUGGGCCUGUCGGCCUAGGUUCUUGACAGUGGUUCCUAGAACUUCCGGACUGAAACUGAUAUUCAAGUUCCUCUUGAGUCUCAUGUCAAAGUAUUUGUCCGAGCAUUGUGCAGGCGAGGGGGGCGAUCGGGAAGGAGAGUUCGAGGAGAAACAACAUUCGCUACAUCGAUUGAAAGACGUGAAGAUCGUGACUGGAGAUGUCGAUAGACCGAAUGAGAUGAAAGAAGAAGAGCUGGUGAAUGUUUCAAAGGAUGUGGAUGCGUUGCUUGUGAUGCAAAGACAGGUUAGUUUUAAGUUAACUUGGCACGAGUAAGUUUGUAGAAGAUGUGAUUGGGCGUACAAGACUUAUUUUAGAGUCCGACUAGCAGAGUCCCAAGCUGAUAUUCAAUCUCUAGCUUCAGAGUUGACAUGGUUCAUUAGAGUUGGGGUAGAGAGGUCUUCCCUUGGAAAAGAUUCUUCAUUUUUUGUAUUUUCAUAUGUACCAAACAAUGAGAGCGAAGAAGCAAACCCAAUCUCUUGUCCAGUUAAUCUCCAAGUUGAUACGUAGCCUAUUGUCGUAGUCUGUCGCAAAGAAAGCACCCUCCAUUUGUUCUUCGCACCGGCACAGUCUCUUAUGCAAUGUAGGUUGGUCUCUACACCCUCCUUGCAUUGUGGGCUUUGAGGGCGGCCAAUGGAGAAGCCGGUGCGGUGGUGAUCUCCGCCACAAUUGACAAUAUCUGCCUGCUACGGCUUCAACUUUGCACGUGAGUCUUAGGAGCUGUUUGAGGUUUCGUACCACCCGUUAGGAGUGUAAGUUUCACCCUUAAAACCCACCGACCCGCCCCGAUCCUCAGGGUCGAGCUGGGUCAGUUUGUCUAUAGGGUCAAUUUAGGGUCGGCUUAGGGUCGGGUCAUGGUCAGAUAGGGUCGGAUCAAGUUAGGGUCGGGUCACUUUUUUACUCUAUGACCCUUAGCAUCAUACAAACAUGUUGGACCUAUUUGUAAAAUUUUAUAAGUUUAGGUACUAAAUUGUAAAAAUUAAAAAAUUUGGGUACCAAAACGUAAUUUUACCAUCAAAUUUUAGGGACUUAUUUGUAAAAAAAUAAAAUUUAGGUACUAAAAUGUAAGAAAAAAUAAAUUCGGGUACCAAAUUGUAAUUUUUAGAAAAGUAGUCUAUUUAUUAGGGUCGACCCUUCCUGACCCACCCCGACCCUAAAGGGUCAGACAGGGUCAUGAAAGAAACAGGGUCGGGGCGGGUCAGUUAUACAUCUUGACCCUUCAGAGGCGGGUCAGAUAGGGUCAGGACAGGGUUAGGGGCGGGUCGCGCCAAUUUUCAGCCCUACCACCUGUCUCUCUUGGAUUGAGUGCACCGGAUUUUGAGUUAUGCAAUCCAUAGAACCCGACUCAAUCUAUGUUCCAAUUAUUAUCAUAAGCAAGGUUGUCAAACCGGUUAAUACCGUUGCGCAGGUUUAGCAAGUGAAAUUGUAUGACCGGUGACAUAACCGAUAUGCGCCAGUUCAUGCCUGUUAACAAAAUAUGUAAAAAUGA